AGUUUUCCAAAAUUUCCGGAUAAGGGACCUUAUCGAUAAGUACCACGGACCCUGUCCGUCGAGGCCAUUACCCCUGUCUAACCCCGCCCAUCACCGCCGCAUAAUUACACCAUUCCACUUAGGAACCGAUCAUCAAUCAUCACAACGGUGCUGGCCCGGGUCGGCUGUACGAAGUUUGCGGUGCUGUCGGCUUACAAAUCAUUACGGAUGCACAACCCUCUGCGAUACUAUUUCCUAUGAUAUCUCAGAUUUCUGAUCGUGGAAGUAUGCAAGGGCUUUGUAUUGUAUUGUACCAUCAGUGUCGGAAGGGUGCCUGGGUGCAUACGUCUACAUACACGUACCCCAUGAUCCCAUCGAGAGCACACAUUGAUUGCUGCCUACGCCUUGGCCGGAGAACAUAAAGCCAGAAGUCACGCCAGUAGGAGCUCAACAUGAUUGAUCAUCGAAACAACAGCCCGGAUUCUGGUCAUUGACCCGUUUAUCGAGCCCCCGCCUACCAUGAAAUCACUCGUCACUCGAGUCCUGCAAGCCCUCUCGCCUUCUCCUUCACAAGAGCGACCAGCCAGCGAUGCAACAAGCCCUGCAUGUCCGACCGAGAUCCGGCGGAACCUUCCGACAGGGAACCCGUCGUUCUCCUCCAUGACAGAAAUCCACGCCGCGAUGUUGACAUGCCCGGAUAUUGCCACCUUGCAGGUGCGCACGGUUGGGAGUGGAUGCUCAGAGUGGCCUGACAGGUUCAACUUCCCCUUCGACCUGCGCGGCGGCGAACGCUACGCCUCGGCGCCGCUGGUGUUGUCGCUUGACGGGUACGACUUCGAUGAAAGCGAAUGGAGAACGCUCUGCGGGCCCCUUUUCGACGAUUGGGACCUGACAUACCUGUCCUGGAUGUCUUGGCGUCGGCUCUGGCAGUGCGCGCGCCUGUACUACGAGGUUCCAGAGGUGCAGCGACUGAGAACGAAUUUGGAUCUGUGGGUCGACGCCAUGGACUUCUCGCGCAUUCACACGCUGCAGCUGAACUACACCAGAGGCCGCAGCUCGCUGACCGAGCAAGUGGUGCAGAAGCUGCCCAGCAGGCUAACCAGCCUCACCACUCUUGCCGUGCACCAUUCCAUGGCCCAGGGCUUCAUCCUCUCCCUGCCUAAGGGCUCGCUCACGCAUCUGUCCUGGCAGAAUCCAACACGGGAUUACAGGAGCUGCGGCGACAGCCACGGAAGCCCGUUCAUUACACUGGAACCGGUCCUGCAGCACCAGGGAUGGCCGCUACAAUCCCUAGAGUACCACUCGGAAGAAUGGGACACACACGCUCCUCCAACGCUGUCCGUUCUCGAGCUCGGGCAACUUACAAAGCUGGCACCGGGGCUUCGAACCCUGACCAUCAAUCUCCCCCGCCAGCUCAGCGCCUCCGGAGGAGAGACGUGGGACUGGCCAUGGGAAAGCCUGAGGCUGCUUGCCGAAGGGCUGCCACAGCUGACGGACUUGACCAUAUACUUCGAGCUCGCCAGCGAGUGCCACAGGCAGAGCGCCAAGAAGAACAACAGCUGGGUUGAGUACGAUGGUGGGGACGGCAGUCGGCCACUCGAGGAUGAGGAUGGGUGUGUCGGGCUCGACCACUAUGCCCAGCCACUGCUGAACAAGACGAAUGCUGUGCCCCUGGCCCGCUUUCUUGCGCAUCACAAGUCUGGUCAGCGACUCAGGAGCGUGAUGUUCAGGGCCGGAGACUGGGGCCCCGACUACGACGGCCCGUUGAGGUUUGGCGCGCCGUGGCUGGAAGGACGACGGGCGUGGGUGAUGUGUCGGUGGGGAGAUCCGGCCAUCGCGGGGUCGGAAGAUGGGGCUGGGUCUGGCGAUGUUGUUUGCGAAGGCGGCACGGGGGGCCUGUAUUCUUGGGAGGAGGACGCAGAGUGGAUGGAGUACGGGGGGUAUGGCUAUGAGCUUGGCUGGCAAUGAGAAAAUUGCAGGCUGCAGUAACGAGGUACCCAGCACUGUAUAAAAAUGAGAGAGUUGUCUUAGUCGCCAUGCAUGCUUGGAGCGGCUGCUAGACCACUGGGCAAGCCUAGUCGAGCGAGGCGUCUGGGCUGUUGGACUGCACGGGGUGCAGGGCUCGACUGAGAUGUUCAGGGACGCGGCGAUGGAUUGGGCCG